UGACACAUACACUGAUUACUGCUGCUGACAAACUGUUUUCAGUCAUGCCAUGCAUGGAUGCUCGCUGGAUUCAGCACAUACUGGUUAUGGUUUUUACUGGAAUUUUUUUAUCUCUAUUUUGAAAAAGCACUAUGGGAAACAGCAAUGGGUCGUCUGUGGAGGAACUACAAGCCGCCGAGAGUCACCAGUGGUACAGGAAGUUCAUGACAGAAUGCCCAUCUGGACUUCUCACUUUUUACGAGUUCAAGCAAUUCUUUGGCCUGAGGAACCUGUCAGAUGUAUCAAACAACUAUGUCAGGACUAUGUUCACAACGUUUGACCUGAAUGAUGAUGGCUUCAUUGAUUUCAUGGAGUAUGUAGCCGCUCUGAGCCUGGUGCUGAAAGGAGGCGUGCAGAAGAAGCUCCGCUGGUACUUCAAACUGUAUGAUAUAGAUGGGAGUGGAUGCAUUGACCGUGAUGAGCUGCUUCUCAUCAUUAAGUCCAUCCGUGCAAUCAGUGGAAUCCCCAAUGAGAUGUCAGCGGAGGAUUUUACCAACAUGGUUUUUGACAAGAUCGACAUCAAUGGAGAUGGUGAACUUUCCUAUGAAGAGUUCAUGGAAGGGGUCCAGCAGGAUGAGAUGCUGCUGAGGACUCUGACAGAGAGUUUGGACCUCUCACAUAUCGUCCAAAAAAUUCAAGGAGAGAUAAGAGGAAACAAAUAAUAAUUCCCAUCCUAAUGGACCUUGAAGUAUAUUAAACUGUGCCACAGCUGAAGGAUUGGAUGUGGGUUGAGGAAACAUCAGGACAAAGGGAUGUGCAGUAGUCUGUGGCUCAUAGAAAAGUACAGCAAAGUCGAACUGUUCAUUGUUUUUAUACUACGAGCAAACAAGACUUUCUCUCUUCCUCAAAUACUGAAGUAUGUACUGCAUUUUAUUUUCUGACUGUAUCCGUGUUCAUCUUCUGUUGCUGAAAUGAAAGACCUCAUUAUUUAUGUCUAUUGUACAUACAUUAAGUGCCAUAAUUUGCAUGCUAUUUGACUAUUCUAUAGUAUUUUAUAUGCUGUACAGUAGCCUGGCCCAAUGAAAAUUAUAUAUCUUAAGCCUCUGCAGCAAAAGAGUUUUAUACUAACAGAUUCAAUGCAGCUCAACCUGGGGCUGCUUUACACUGUGAAGGGUCCCAAUCUCAUUUGGCAGACACUUUUGUCCAACGUAAUGUAUACAUCUGAAGUGAAGUGGGUGUUCAUGUCUUCAGCUUUACUGAUUAUAAGCUGGAAUUAAUAUUUUGGAAUAAACUCUAACAAAAACUUUACCAAAAUCA